AUGGUGAGAUUUCCAUCAACUGACCGUUUAUCUUCUGGGCGAUUCUCUACUGGCCAAAAUGGACGUGCUUCUCUUCUGGGGCGAACAUCAAUUGGAAAGUCUUCAAUUGGAGGGAACAUGUCAAAAAGGAUGUCACAUGGUUUUGAUCGUGGUCGAACUGAACUAAGAGAUUCAAGACCUCUUAGUUCUCGAGCUUUCCAGCAACGAUGUGUGAAAAUUUUGUACGAGUUUUUGACAUCACAUGGCUAUUCAAGCAAUAUCACUCCAAAGACGUUAUUAUCACCAACAACCAAAGACUUCCUUAAGGUUUUUGAAUUUAUUGUGAAGCAUAUUGAAUACAAGUACAAAGUUCCAGAUAAAUAUGAAGAGGAGAUUCCUAAAUACCUUCGCUUGCUUGGCUAUCCAUUUACCAUUAGCCGCAGUUCCAUGUUUGCUGUUGGUAGCCCACACACCUGGCCUGCUGUAUUGGCUGCACUCGUUUGGCUUGUGGACCUCGUUAAUACUGGUCUGACUAUGAAUGAAGAAAUAGAUAAACUUAUUUUUCCAGAGGAUUUUGAUGGUGCCUCUGAUAGUAAGCUUGUGUUCAAAUAUCUGGUCGAUGCAUAUAAAAGUUAUAUGAGUGGCUCUGACUCGUUUGAAGAUUUGGACAACAAUUUUCAUGAAGCUUUCAGACACAAAUACUUUGAGUAUGAAGAACAUGCAGACAGCCUCCAGGAACUCCAAGAAACAGCAGCUAUGCAAGAGAAGGAUUUGGUCCAGAUGUCUAACUACCUGGCUGAAUUAGGAAUAUUUGAAAGUAAACUGGAUUUAGGAGAAAUUAAUGAAAUAAAAGUAUUUGAAGCUGAGUUAGAGAACCAGCUUGCUCAGUUGAAGACUUUGCAAACAGUAUUUGAUAACCAAGAAUACACUCCAACUGAUGUGGAACGAUUUAGGAUGGAAGAACAACAGCAUCAAAGCCAGAUUGACACUUCAGAGAAAGAUAUUGCUCAACUUGAUGAAGAAUUGUGGAAUGAUGAGAUGUCCAUUGGCAAACAUCAAGAUAAACUAAAUGAGAACUGUGGCCAACACAAUAAACUGUGCCGAAUUCUUGAGUUAAUUCCUGUGAGUGCCAAGAAUUCCAGUGGCUUAGACUUUGAACUCAAACCAAGUCUCUUGGAUGGAAGUACACAAGACCAAUUUCAGAAACAUAAGUUACAAUUACUUGAAGUGAAGAAUAAAAUUGCUGAUGAAGUUCAUGUUGCUAAUGCAGAAAAAAGAAAGCUUGAAAACGUUCUUGAACAGGAACUUGAACAAGUAGAAGAAAUGUCAAAUAAAGUAAAAGCUCUCGGCACCAAUUUGAAACGGAUGGAAGAAACAUUUAAGAGUGAAAAAAAUCUUUAUGAACAGAGUAUUGGCAGUAAGCAGGCCCUCUAUGACCAAGAAUAUGAAGAGCUGAAUGAAUGCCAUAAAACAGUGCAACAAUUGGAGCAUGACAUUGAUUUGCGAAAAGUGGAACUGACUAAAGUGCAAGAAUGGGCUGCAAAGGAGAUUGAAAAAAAUGAUAAAAAAGUUGAAGAGUAUGUGGAAUUCCUACGAAAAGUUGUCAAGCGAGUUGCUGAGCAUAAAGCGAGAAUUACAACUUGUCUAAAGGCAGCCAGUGAUGAAUCCAGUGUAAAGAAGAAGAAACUUGCCGAGUCAGCUAGGCAGUUGGCAGAAACUGAAGCUCUGUGA